AUGCUUCUGCUUGCCAUCGGACAAGCGCAGUUCGUUGAGCUGACUGCAGGCUCACAUCGGCAUAAGUCGAUUGGGGAAAAGAAGCAUGGGUGUUUUCCGAAAUCGCCAGAGCACUCCAAGUACUCAAACCUCAACAACGUGGAUUGGGAUCUAGUCCACAGCUACUAUGUUCAACAGCAAAUGUAUCUGCUUGCCGCAGCAACACAAUCGCAGUUCAGUGGGACUACUGCAGGCUCAGACGGGUGUGGGCCGAUUCCGACAAGGAACGACAAUGAAUGCUCACAAACAGGAAACAUCAAGAUAACGAAACCACUGCCGAAACCUCCAAAAAAAUCCAAAUGGCAUAAGGGAGUGGAGUCGGAGCAGAAAGGCUCGAAGAGUUCAGCCAUGAAAGAAUUCCAACAAAUGGUUACAAGGGUAUUCCGGUUGUGCACCAGUCGUCACCAGUGA